UGUCUUGUUUUUACUUUUGUUUUCAAAACAAAAUUAUUUCACUGAAUCUUUUUCUGACUGCUAUUGGCUGGUUUUGAUCAUUUUUCCAAUUUCAAAUAUAAAAUUUAAGUAUAAUUUAAUACUCAUUUUCUAGCAAAACAUAUUAAAUUUAUCUUAAAUAAAUGAAAAAUCGAAGACCGUGCAUAUUGCAUAGAUGUAGAUGUUCAGUGGAGUAUAAAUGCAUUUAAGAAGUUUUGAUUAACUGUUUACCUAGUGCCCAUUUAAUUUUAUAUUAGUGUUUUCAUAAUUUGUAUAAUAUAUAUAUAUAUAUAAAUCUUAUUGUGCGAUUUUGUGCAAAAACAUGGUCGAAGAAAGUCGAACAAGUUUUGGACAGGUGGACGUCAUUGAUGACGACAACAUGGUUCGACUACCGCGACAGCGAAUUGUCGAUUUGUAUAAAAACGCUAUGUCGCGCGUUCGCGUUUUAGAAGCAAAAGCAAAUGAAGCUACUAUAUGUAGUAGGUGUAACAAUAGGUGUGACAAAAAAGAGCGUACCGAUCAAGCUUUUCGAGAGCUAAUGUUGCGCGAGAAAGUCCUUUUAAGGAAAUUAGCUAUUAAAGAGCAAGAAAUCAAUGAUUAUGCUGCUCAGUUGUCAGCUUUACAAAAUUCUAUUCAAAGCAAGUCCCUAUCUUCACUAAAAUGUCCACUACAAGAUCCAGCUGUUAAUCUACUGGUUCAAAAGUUACGACAAGAUUUAAGUGACACUAAGACUAGGUUAGAAGAAACUCAAAGUGAAUUAAAUGCCUGGAAAUUUACACCAGACAGCAAUACUGGGAAAAGACUGAUGGCCAAAUGUCGAUUAUUAUACCAAGAAAAUGAAGAACUCGGCAAAAUGGUUAACAAUGGGAGAAUUGCUAAACUCGAAGGUGAAUUAGCUCUUCAAAAAAACUUUAGCGAAGAAGUAAAAAAAUCACAAUCAGAAUUGGAUGAGUUUCUGCAAGAUUUGGAUGAAGAUGUUGAAGGAAUGCAAAGUACAAUAUAUUUUCUACAGAAUGAAUUACAAAAAAUUAAAGGUUCUAAACAAAAUUGUAACAGUUCAGAAGAAAAAGAAGCUAACCCAAAGACUGCAAUUAAUGGUGUUAAAAACAAUAAUGCCAUUAAUAUAGAACCAAAGUCAAAAACUGAAUCAUUGCCUACAUUUGAAGUCAUCGACGGUAGUGUUGAACAAAAGUCACAAAAUAAGUACGAAAAACCUAAAAGCACAAAACAUCAAAAUGACAAUAGUAAUAGUGAUAGUGGUAAUACGCCCAAAGUAAAGAAACAUAGAUCAUCCAAGGUCUCAAAAAGAUUAGACUCGAGUGAAAAAGCACACAAGAGUAAACAAAAAGCAGAUGGAAUCACUGAUGAAAAAGUAGUACUACUGAAAGCUGAAAAGAGGCCAUCAAUCAGAGAUAAAACAGUCCAAAAACGUCCAAAAAGUGAUAAUACAAAUAGCACAGAAGUAAAAACAGCACCUACAGCAACAGUGAAUGGACUACCGAACGGUUCAUAAUUUUAUUGUUAUAAUAUUAUGUAAAUGUUAUUAUUUUUUUUUUAAUGUUGAUAGAAAAUAAUUUUUGAAUUAUUUUUUGGACGUUCAUUUUAUAUAUUUAGAUUUAAAUAAAUCCUAUAAUAAAUUAUUACAAAAGGUUUAAAAAUAAUAAAU